UCGUAGUGGGAGAGCAUGGGAAGGCGCGUGUGUGUGGUUUGUAAAGCAGACAGCAUCAGGUGUAGGUCUUGCAUUAGUGAGGCUUUAGGGCUACGGCAGUUCGGUGGAGUGCUAGAGAAGACAGCUGUGCCUAGUGUAUGUUGCUCAGAGGCCGGCAUGGACUAUGUCAACACUCCACAUGUGGUGGCCAUGGUGGGGCUGCCGGCGAGGGGCAAGACAUACAUCGCCAUGAAGCUGGCCCGCUACCUCAACUGGGUGGGGCUUCCAACUAAAGUGUUCAAUGUGGGUGACUACCGCCGCCAAGCCCUUGGGAACUACCAGGGACACGAUUUCUUCCACCCAAGGAACAGGGAAGGCACCAACAUCAGGAACAAAUGUGCCCUGGAUGCCCUGCAGGAUGUGUGUGAGUUCCUGCAAACAGGUGGCAUGGUGGCAGUGUAUGACGCCACCAACACCAGCAUGGAGCGACGGAAGCUGAUUCAUGAUGUUGUGUGUGAGCGCAUGGGAUACAAACUCUUCUUCAUUGAGUCCAUCUGCAAUGCCCCUGCCAUCAUUGAGACCAACAUCAUGGAGUGUAAGGUCACCAACCCAGACUACACCAACAUGGAGAAGGAGGACGCCGUGAAGGACUUCCUGAAGCGUAUUGAGCACUACCGUCUCUUCUAUGAACCACUAGAUGAGGAGAAGGAGACCAAGUACAGUUUUAUGAAGAUCUAUGAUGCUGGUCGGCGAGUGGUGGUACACAAGCAGGAGGGCCACAUUGAGAGCCGCAUUGCUUAUUACCUCAUGAAUAUCCACAUCACACCGCGCUCCAUCUACCUGACCAGGCAUGGUGAGUCUGUCUACAACCAGCUGGGGAGGAUUGGAGGGGACUCAGACCUCUCCUACAGGGGUCGGCAAUAUGCCAAUGCCCUUGCCAAGUUUAUUACAGAACAGGAUAUCACAAACCUGCGUGUGUGGACGUCCUGCAUGAAGAGAACCAUCCAGACUGCCUCGGGCAUUGAUGCACCACAGGAGAGAUGGAAGGCACUCAAUGAGAUUGAUGCUGGCAUUUGUGAAGGUCUGAUGUAUGAAGAGAUCCAGGAGCAGUACCCUGAGGAGUUUGCUGCCAGGGACCAGAACAAGUACUCCUACAGGUAUCCCCGCGGUGAGUCGUACGAGGAUGUGGUGGUACGGCUGGAGUCUGUCAUCAUGGAGCUGGAGAGGCAGGAGAAUGUGUUGGUGGUGGGUCAUCAGGCGGUGCUGCGCUGCGUGCUGGCUUACUUCCUUGACAAGCCUGGAGUGGAGCUGCCAUACCUGAAGGUGCCACUCCACACCAUCAUCAAGCUGACCCCUCAAGCCUAUGGAUGUAAGGUGGAGUUCUUCAAGAUCCCCAUUGACUGUGUUGACACCCACCGAUCCAAGCCUGUGGACUGUAGUAUUGGGAGAAACCCUCAGGAUGCUCUGGUGACUGUCCCAAACCACUACUGAGUCAGCGCGGCACCUCCACCAGGCACUGGCCGGUCUCCUCAUGGCACCACGUGAGAACUGUUCAAACCACAGCCACACUGGCACUCUGGCAUUGCUGGGCCACUCCUCCUGUAACAGUGGCCAGGCAUCUGUGUAAUGCUUUCCUCUUGUGACUAGUUUUGUUUUAUCGCAGUGACUGGUAUGUUAGUGAGUAGGUGUGCUCAGUAGGAAAACAUUUAGACUGCUUACAGUACUCAUUACUGUGUAGCUAAAGAAAGACAACACUUUCAUUACUUGUCAUAGCAUCUCAAUGGAUGACAAAAACUGAAUGGUCAUUGUGUGCAGAGUUGUAUUUUAAAUCUUACCAUCCAUUACUUUGCAGUGUCACUUUCAAGUUGUGUGGUAUUCUAGUUACAGGAUGUGUAUGGCAACUUCUCUUGAAAUACAUACACUUAACUCACAAUCCAGACAACAUCAUGUAGCAGUAGUAACAGUGUUUCUUGUCACUGUGUUAUCAGUUUUGAAUUUAGAAAAAUAUAUUGAAAACUCAUGAGAAAAUGCAAACUGAGAGUUCAAUAAGUUAGUCUGAAAGUGGAAUGAAAGUAGUAUUAUGUUUUGAUGAUUUACAUUGUUAGGAAGAUUUACUUAGUUACAUAUUUAGCAGAUUUGCUUUUACUUGGACACAAAACUGAGUCAGACUUCAAUCCUGAAUCUGAUGCUGGAUCUUCAAGAUGUCUUGUGACGAGUGUUGAGGCAAGGUAGUACCUGACCAGACCUUGGGUUGUCAGUGACUGCUGCCAAGGUGAAUGGAUAAAAAAGUUGCUCUGAUAUCUGCCAGCUGGAUCACAAGCCAUCACUGGUGCAGCACAAGUUGAGAGGCAACACAAGCAGCAUUCAUAAGAUCAUUAAGCAAGUCUAGCUCUAGACUUUCAGGCUGAAGAGGAAGGACUAAGUGAUACUGAACGUGUGUGUGUGUGUGUGUGUGUGUGUGCGUGCGUGUGUGUGUGUGUGUAGUUUGCAGUACUCCACUUAGUUUGAUGCUAAGAGAAUAUAUUAACAAUAUUAUGGCAAUAACAUGUGGCAACAACAGUUUAGAAUGAGACUUGGUGUAUCUUUGGUGGGGGACUGGCAUACUGCUGGCCACACAGGAAGGGGCAGUAUGUACUUUUUCACUGGCAGUGUGUAUCUAAGACAUGCUGUCUGCACUGGAGUAUUAUUGUUGUUAUUAUUAUUAUUAUUAUUAUUAUUAUUAUUAUUAUUAUUAUUAUUGGAGGAGGAGGUAGAGAAAUGUAUUAUUAUUAUUACUAUUAUGAUUAUAAUGGGGAUAAGGCAUUAUUAUUAUUAUUAUUAUUAUUAUUAUUAUUAUUAUUAUUAUUAUUAUUAUUAUGAUGAUGAUGAUAAUUGGGACAAGGCCUGCAGGAAUGCGUUGAAAGGACUGGGAAUCUUCUGUGUUUUUAUUCCCACAUUCAGGAGACAUGAUACCUUGUCUAGGCUUACCCCCUUGAAGGGGACUAUCAGCCAGGUAUGUAGAUUAUUUUUAUCAUUAUUAUUAUUAUUAUUUUUUUUUUCAUUAUUAUCAUGAUGAUGGAGAUUUUAUAUAAGACAGUUUUUGAUAUUGAGAAGCACAAGCUUGUGUCAUUUUGAUCUUGUCACCGUAAGCAAACAUUACUAGUGUCAUGAGUGAGGUGCUGGGCUGGUGUGUGUUGGCCCACUUGGUGACGGUGUAGGGAUCGGGGGCACACUUAUGAAUCAAUGGCAAAACAGAAACUGAACUUUGUUCAUUUUUCUAGACUAUCAUAUAUAUACUGUAUAUGCAAGAGAUUUUAAGUGCACAAAAGUCAUCUGGUCAAGCAGUCCCUGUGUCGCCUUGCAUUGCACAUGCUGGGAUACAAGCAGUACUCACCCUUGUAGGGGAGAAACUUGAAGAGUUUAUUUAUACUGAAUAUUGAUGCAUAGUGAAAGAGGCUAACAAUAAUACUUGCACAACACUGCUUUGCUUGCUGUGAUCAGACCAAAUCUUUGUGUUGCACAAGUGUGUGAACAAAAAGCUGUACUUCCAUUGCUUUCAAGCACUUAUGAUGCAUAUGGAUAGGGUUGUAGUUGUUGAUACAGUUUAUAUACUAUUUAUAGUUUUAUCACAAAAAGUCUGGGAACUUUUUAGUAUUUGUGUCAGUACAACAGUUGUGAAUCCAGUGAGAGAAGAAAAGCAGCGAUCUCAUUUCUUUGUGAUGGUUUGGUUGUAAGCCUCCAAAUUAGCUCUUUUUCUAAAUGUGAGUGGUUGAUAUUGGUGCAUUAUUGACAGAGUUCCUUGUGGAAGUGAACAGCCCUGUGUGCACCAUGUGUGCAGGCAGUGUUCCCGACGGCCUUUGUGUUGUGAUGGACAAUGAGGUGUGCUCAACACUUGAUCUAUUUAUUUGUUUGCAAUAAUACAGCAGUGUUGAUGAGCAAUGGUUUGGGUGAUGUGGUAUCACAGGAUUGUACUGCUUUAUAACCGGUUAAUUUGAUUUUAGAAAUAAACUUUCCUUUCCUUCAUCUCUUUGGUUGACUUAAAAGAGAACUUGCUUGCUGAUGCCUCAGCACCAUUACUGAUGUCACUGCUUCAAGUUAAUUUAUUAAAUUUUUUUGAAGAAUCUGUAAUGGAUAGAUUGAAGUAGACCACUAUUCUUUACUUUAUGUUUGGUACACUUGAUUAUGUCUAUAUGGAAAAUAUUUGAUUUAGUGACAAACUUACUAUGAUUAUGAGGGAUAUUGUUUGGGUUUAGUAUUAUCAAACUUUAAAGUAUAGUUUAUUGUCAAUGCAAAUAUAUAACAAUGUAAAACACAAUUAUGAUAGAGGCUAUACUUUGGAUGUGAAAAAAUGUACCUGAGAAACUUGCAAAUGAUGUCAGGUAUUACAUGCAUAUUUAUCGCAAAAUUACAUGUCAUAGGUGAACUGGAGCACUGAAUGGAAUCUGAAAAGUUAAAUGAACCUAAUACAUACUUAUCAUUGUAGAAGCAUUAUGUGAGGGUUUUUAAUGAAUUAGCGACCUGAUGGUGUGGCAGUGUCAAUGAAGGCAGAAAGAGCAGGGGGAUUGAGGCUGAGAGCUCUGGUGGUAGGUUCAAAAGGUUGCAAGUUUGUGAGCUGCUACCAGGAGUGUAAAGCCUGACCUAUGUGAAUGUAGAAGGUUGCUUCCAAAAUCAAAAUAAGGUAGAGCAGGCAAGUGGGAAGGCUUCAGAUGAAUGUUCAUGUGGCAUCAAUGUGAAGAGGUUGACUGUGAUGUUUGUUGUGAAGGCUGCUGUGGUACAGAUAUGGAAGAUUGCCUCUGUAAAGUAUUACAACAUCAGUCUGCCUUCUGACUGUCACAGGAGGAAAGGGAUUAGUUUCAUAAUGGACUCACAAGUUAUUACAUACAUAUACAUGUACUACUAUAUUUAAUUGUGUAUCUGAGUGUAGUUUGAUAUGUCAAAGGUUCUGAACCACUUCUAAUAAUGCAUCAUGUGUAUUCUCUUGGAUUUCAAACACUGCAUAAAUAUUAAGAAGUAAUGUUCCUUAGUACUUAAGAUUUAAUACUUUGUUAUUAAGUGAUGACUUAAGCUUCAGAGUUUGAAGUACAGAUUUUUAAAGUAAGAAAAUAUUUUAACUAUGAAAGCAAGGUGAAAAUCAAAUUAUUUUUAUAUAAUUCUUAAAAGUGUUGUUGCAGUGAUAUUUCCCUAUAGGAGAGGGAAUGUGAGUGGCUGAUGAAGAAUAAGACUGUAGCAAAUACAAAACUGUGACAGUCAAGAAAGGCAACCACGUACAAGUGUGUGUGUGUGUGUGUGUGUGUGUGUGUGUGUGUGUGUGUGUGUGUGUGUGAUGGUACAGUAAGGUUUGAUGUAGCGUUAUUUCCUCCUGUACUUGAUGUUUAGCUCUGUUGGAGUGUCCUGAUGAUGGAUACAAAGCAAUAGUGUACGAUGCUUUUUAUUGCAAUUACUAUGCUGGUUUUUAUAAUUUAUUUUGUUGACGCAAUUUCCAUAAAACUUUGCAUUAUCCAA